AUGGUGGUAUUACGGAUCCGUACAGGCUCUCAAACAAAGCUUACCUUAAGCAACGGGGGCACUUUACCAUAUCUUGGUCUCACGUUACGUCUCACACGAAAGCCGAUCAGCAAUCACGACCCAGUAUGCAGACGGAUUCGCUACUUCUCCACAAUUAACGGCUCGAGUGCGGUUGCCUUUGUGCUUGUUUACCGGACUAUAAAUUCCUUUCUUGUGCUCCAAGAUUUCUUCUUCUCAACAAUCAACUUCAUAUCCUUCACGUUUACCUUGUUUCAAUAA